UUUUUUCUUUCUUUGUUUCUGAUUUUCGGUUUUGAUUGAGCGUCUGACGACACAUUUGCUUGCCUUUCCCACUCUAUACAACUUAUAUACAGAGUACAAUUGCUAGUAGAAAAUUCAGAAGACUUCUUUCUGUAAGGCACAACCUUUCCACAUUCUCUCCAAUGAACAUCCAUGAUUCGUUCACCGAUCCCGAUGUAUGUUAGGCGUUCUCACAGUCUUUCUUCACAACUCACCAUGAGGACACGAGGUUCCAAGAGCACAGCCCCCGUCACCGGCUCACAACUCAGAUUGAAUCUUCUCGUGGCACGCACGCACGCGUCCGGACCCGGCCAUCACAUCACAUCAGAUCAGAUCUUAUCAAGAAUGUCUUGUCUGACCUUCCUGAAUGGUGGGUGCACCUUGUUUUUCUCCGGAGCUUGCUUGUGUGGGAAUACCAAGAAACGACAAGAAGAAGAAAUUGCACAGGGAACUCAGCCUCUCUGGGCGUUACGACACCGACGCACGCCGAGGAAUGGAUUGAUGGAUGGAUGGGAUAUUCGGUCGGGUUUCUUCUCCGCUUUCUUGAGAACAGCGGAACCCGCAGCCCUCGCGAUUUUACAGGUAGCAUGGACCAUCGAUUGAUGAUCGUAUAGCAAGUAAGGUAAGGUAAGGUAAGUAAGAGUAAAAGAAUGCUGUGUAAAUGAAGUCCAAGGCAGGCUUGGACUUGACUCGGGGACUCACCGCUCGAAAGUUGACCUCAUCAUCCUAUCCCAAGAA